AUCACGUUUUGAAUGAAUUUGUGAGGGACUGCGUAGUUCGGUACCUGGAAACUGACAUUGUCGAAGUGCGUAAGGCGGCUGCUCUGACUUGCUGUCAACUGUUCGCUCGUGAUAAGAUAUUGGAACAGACCAGCCAGCAUGCUAUCCAGGUUGUCAAUGAAGUUUUGGAAAGACUAUUAACGGUCGGAGUAGCGGACCCAGAAAUAAGUAUAAGAGAGACUGUUUUGUCAAACCUUACCGAGAGGUUUGACAGACAUCUGGCCCAGGCUGAAAAUAUCCGAUCUUUGUUUAUUGCUUUGAAUGAUGAAGCAUUCUCUAUCCGAGAAAUUACCAUCACGAUAAUAGGCCGAUUAGCUGCAUACAAUCCAGCCUAUGUUAUGCCUUCGCUUCGAAAGACAUUAAUACAACUUCUUACUGAAUUGGAAUAUUCUUCCGUAAGCCGGAAUAAAGAAGAGAGCGCACGACUAUUGAGCCUCCUGGUAUUCGCAUCGCAAAGAUUAAUAAAGCCAUACGUAGAGUCGAUAUUACAAGUACUCUUACCUAAAUCGCGAGACAAUAGCCCAGCAGUGGCAUCCAGUGUACUAGCGGCACUUGGCGAAUUGGCACGUGUUGGUGGCGAAGAUUUGACAGAUUAUUUGGACAAACUAAUGCCACUGAUCAUUGAUGCGCUUCAAGAUCAGAGCUCCACAACAAAGAGGGAUGCCGCCUUGAAGACUCUUGGACAGCUUGCUAGCAAUACUGGAUUUGUUAUUGAACCAUAUCAAAAGUAUCCUCAGCUGCUCAAUAUAUUAAUUAAUAUUCUGAAGACCGAGUCUUCGGUCUCAAUAAGAAGGGAAACUGUGAAACUAAUUGGUAUUCUUGGCGCAUUAGAUCCAUACAGACAUAAGAUAUCGAUCGGGGCCUCGGACGAUUCUCUUUCAGAUAUGAAACCAUCUAAUGCUGACGUAUCUCUGCUAAUGAUGGGAUUGGGUCCCCAGUCAGAGGACUAUUACCCAACUGUUGUCAUUAACGCAUUAAUGAAGAUAUUGAGAGAUCCGACUUUGGCUACUCAUCAUACAGCUGUAAUCCAAGCUGUCAUGUUUAUCUUCAAGGCUCUCGGACUGAAAUGCGUUCCUUUUCUACCACAAAUCACUCCAGCGUUUCUAAGUGCAAUGCGAACAUGUCCAACCGGCAUGCUUGUCUUUUAUUUUGAACAGCUUGGAUCACUCGUAUCUAUAGUUCAACAACAUAUUAGGAAUUAUCUGCCGGAUAUUUUUUCUCUAGUUCGAGAGUACUGGAAUCCAAGCUCAACUACUCAAACCACCAUUAUUUCACUAGUUGAAGAAAUUUCCAAAGCGUUAGACGGUGAAUUCAAGAAUUACUUACCAAAACUAUUACCUCUUAUGCUCCAAAUAUUUGAAGAAGAUAAAACCGAUAAACGCCAACCAACAACAAAAGUUCUUCAUGCAUUUGUCGUUUUCGGCACCAACAUAGAAGAAUACAUGCAUUUAGUGAUUCCCGUGAUAGUCAAGUUGUUUGAGAAGCCGGAUGUCCCCACGUCACUCCGAAAAGCAGCUAUUGUGGCAAUAGGACAAAUGUCAAAAAAAGUGAACUUCUCUGAUCACGCCUCUAGAAUUAUUCACCCAUUGGCACGCGUAUUAGCUAUGCCAAUAUAUGACUUGCGAAUGGCUGCAAUGGAGACGCUAUGUGCUCUAGUUUAUCAGCUUGGCUCAGAUUAUGCCAUUUUCAUUCCAAUGAUAAACAAAGUUCUGCAAAAACAUCGCAUUCAACAUCAAAAGUAUGAAAUUCUAGUAUCAAAGCUACUGAAAGCGGAGCCAUUACCUCUAGACAUUGGUCCCGACAUCGACAAAUUCGACAGUCACAAGGAAGAGAGACCCACUGCUGAAGCAAGUUCAAAGAAAUUGUCGGUGAAUCAGCAACAUUUGAAAAAUGCGUGGGAAUGUUCGCAAAAAUCAACAAAGGAUGAUUGGAAUGAGUGGAUACGCCGCCUAAGCGUUGAGUUAUUGAAAGAAUCGCCUUCACCCGCACUAAGAGCUUGUGCAAGUUUAGCAGGGGUAUAUCACCCUCUCGCAAAAGAGUUAUUUAAUGCAGCCUUUAUUUCUUGUUGGUCAGAGCUUUAUUAUCAAUACAAAGAUGAAUUAGUAAUGUCUCUUUUGACAGCUAUACGAUCGCCUAGCACAUAUACCGAGAUUGUAUCAACCAUACUGAAUCUCGCUGAAUUCAUGGAACAUUAUGAUAGGCCGCUUUCAAUUGACUUCGGGCUGCUUGGACAAUUUGCGGAAAAAUGUCAGGCAUUUGCUAAAGCAUUGCAUUAUAAGGAAAUGGAAUUCUUAAAGGAGCCAACCAAAGAGACAGUUGAGAAGCUUAUCCAAAUCAAUAAUCAAUUACAACUGCCGGAUGCUGCUAUUGGCAUAUUAACACAUGCACAGCAAACGCCAGGGUUACAAGAUCUGCAGCUUGAAGAGAAUUGGUAUGAGAAAUUAAAUCGGUGGGACGAUGCGUUAGCAGCAUACGAAAAACGGCGCGAGGAAGAUCCGAAUGACCUAGAAGCUACUCUCGGUGUUAUGCGUUGUUUGAAUGCUCUUGGUGAUUGGGAAGGAUUGUCGGGACUCGCUCAGGAGCAAUGGGUAGAUUCUACUCCAGAAAUGCGUAAACAAGUAGCUGGAUUGGCUGCUGCCGGGGCAUGGGCCUUGGGUCAGUGGAACAUGAUGGAAGAUUAUAUACUCAACAUGAGACAAGAGUCUCCCGACCGGACUUUCUUCCAAGCCAUUCUCGCGCUGCACAAAAACCAGUUCUCCGAGUCAAGGAAGUACAUCGACAAAACCAGAGACUUGCUCGAUACUGAGUUAACUGCUCUCGUCGGUGAAAGUUAUAAUAGAGCAUAUAGCGUUGUAGUUCGUGUCCAGAUGUUAGCCGAGCUGGAGGAAAUAAUAACCUACAAGCAGUUCGCUGAUCAACCUGACAGACAAGCUACUAUAAGAAAGACUUGGACAAAGAGAUUAAAAGGAUGUCAGCGUAAUGUUGAUGUUUGGUCUCGUAUUUUGAGAGUACGUUCACUGGUUCUAACACCAAAAGAGAAUAUGGAGAUGUAUAUCAAAUUUGCCAACUUGUGUAGAAAGAGUGGUAGACUCGAAACUGCUGAGAAAAACCUGAAGCAGUUACUUGUUGGUGAUCAAAGAAUGGAAGUCAUACAUCCGUCAAUAUUAACAAGAGCUGCUCCACCGGUUGUCUACGCACACCUUAAAUGGAUGUGGGCUAGCGGCGUUCGCGAAGAAGCGUUGAAUUAUCUUAAAGAAUUUACUGUUCGGAUGACGAGCGACUCACGCUCUGGUAAUGACUCUCUUCUUGCUCGUUGCUAUCUUAAAAAGGGAGAAUGGCAAAUGAUACUCCAAGAUGACUGGGAUGUUGAAACGAUUCCUGAUAUACUAAAAUCGUAUGAAGCGGCGACAAGAUUUGAUAAAAAUUGGUAUAAAGCUUGGCAUGCGUGGGCUUUGGCAAACUUUGAGGUCAUAACACAUUUUGAGAAAGUACACAGCGUUGAAAAUUCGAGCGAGGAUGGGAAUGUUGUUGAAGCAUCUACCGAGAAUAAUGCUGAACUUCAACAAGAAGUCUUGCGCUACGUUGUCCCAUCUGUUCAAGGAUUUGUUCAAUCGAUUGCCCUUUCCCAGGGUAGUUGCUUGCAGGACACUUUACGAUUACUUACGUUGUGGUUCAAAUAUGGUUAUCAUGAAGAGGUCUCGCAAGCAAUUAGCAAUGGAUUCAAUAGUGUCAGCAUAGAUACAUGGCUUGAGGUCAUACCACAGCUCAUUGCUCGCAUUCAUACUCCCAACGAAAAUAUAAAACGUCUGAUUCACCAAUUGUUAGGGGACGUUGGCAAAGAACAUCCUCAAGCUCUUAUCUAUCCAUUAACCGUUGCAUCCAAAUCUCAGAAUCCUCUGCGACAGAAGGCUGCAGAUGCUGUUAUGGACAAAUUACGUUCUCAUAGUCCUGUUCUUGUAAGUCAGGCAUUGCUUGUAAGCGAGGAACUUAUUCGAGUGGCCAUUUUGUGGCAUGAGAUUUGGAUGGAACAACUGGAAGAGGCCUCUAGACUGUAUUUUAUUGAUCGUAAUUUUGAUGCCAUGUUCCAAAUUCUCGAUGAGUUGCAAGAACGACUUGACAAGGGUCCUGUUACAUUACGGGAAAUAGCCUUUGUUCAAGCUUACGGGAGAGAGCUUCAGGAGGCAGGUGGAUGGUGUAAAAAGUAUAAACAGACUAAUGAUAUAACUUUCCUAGCACAAGCGUGGCAAAUUUAUCACGAGAUGUUUAAAAAGAUUACUCAACAAGUCAGUACUAUCACCAGUCUAGAGCUUCAGUAUGUCUCACCCAAACUACUAGAUGCAAAAGACCUAGAGUUGGCUGUCCCUGGCACAUAUAAGAGUGGAGAACCCGUUAUAAAGAUUUCAAGCUUCCUUCACACGGUGAAUAUAAUAUCAUCUAAGCAACGACCGAGGAAAUUAAUUCUAAUUGGAAGUGACGGGCGGGAAUAUCAAUUCUUAUUGAAAGGACACGAAGAUCUUCGUCAAGAUGAACGAGUGAUGCAACUGUUUGGUCUUGUUAAUACACUACUUUCGGUCGAUUCAGAGACGUUCAAACGGCGUCUUAACAUUCAUAGAUAUACUGCUACACCGCUUACGCCUAAUAUUGGUUUACUGGGAUGGGUUCCUAACUGUGAUACAUUGCAUGCUCUCAUACGCGAUUUCCGAGAAAGCAAAAAGAUUCUAUUAAAUAUCGAGCAUCGUUUAAUGCUUCAGAUGGCACCUGAUUAUGAUCAAUGCACAGUAUUACAAAAAGUGGAGGUAUUCGAAUUCGCCCUGGCAAAUACAACAGGACAAGAUUUAUACAAAGUGCUAUGGCUUAAGAGUAAGAACUCUGAGGCAUGGUUAGAUCGAAGGACUAAUUAUACAAGAUCAUUGGCCCUCAUGUCAAUGGUUGGUUAUAUUCUCGGUUUGGGCGACCGACAUCCUUCGAACAUUAUGUUAGAUAGAUUUACUGGCAAGAUAGUGCAUAUCGACUUUGGCGAUUGUUUCGAGGUGGCCAUGACACGCGAGAAGUAUCCUGAGAAGAUUCCGUUCCGACUGACACGCAUGCUAAGACAUGCCAUGGAAGUCAGUGGAAUAGAAGGCAAUUUCCGCACAACUUGUGAAGCAGUAAUGUCCGUGUUACGCAAGAACAAAGAUAGUUUGAUGGCUGUUCUAGAGGCUUUUGUUCAUGAUCCGUUAAUAAACUGGAGAAUAAUAGCAGCUCCAAGUCCUCGGCAGGAAGGAGAAAACCUGAAUACAGCAGCAACAAGCAAUCGAAAGGCCCGAGAUAUUAUUCACAGAAUAUCAAAUAAAUUAACAGGCAGAGACUUUAAAGAGAAUCAGGUACUGGAUGUGUCCUCACAGGUAGAUAAACUAAUCCAGCAAGCAAUAUCUGUUGAGAACCUCUGCCAAUGUUACAUUGGAUGGUAA